AUGGAGCUUCUAUUCCCACUCCUUCUACCAUGCUUUCUCUUCUCAACUUUCAUCGGAUCAUGUGCUUUUGUGUCACUUGAAGAUAAUUCCAAAUUUCCACGUAACUUCCUCUUUGGAACUGCAUCUUCUUCUUAUCAGUUUGAAGGAGCAUUCUUGAGUGAUGGGAAAGGAUUAAGUAACUGGGACGUGUUCACUCAUAAAACAGGAACCAUAUUGGAUGGAACUAAUGGAGAUGUUGCUGUUGAUCAUUACCAUCGUUAUCAGGAAGAUGUGGACCUAAUGAAAGAUAUUGGAGUCAACAGCUAUCGUUUGUCAUUAUCAUGGGCCAGAAUUCUACCAAAAGGUAGAUUUGGCAAUGUCAACAAGGCUGGCAUUGCUUACUAUAACCGCCUAAUCAACGCACUUGUAAAUAGAGGAAUAGAACCUUUUGUCACAAUAACACAUUAUGACAUUCCUCAAGAACUUGAGAACAGAUAUAAAAGUUGGUUAAGUUCUGAAAUUCAAGAGGAUUUCAAGUAUUAUGCAGAUAUAUGCUUCAAGUACUUUGGAGAUAGAGUGAAAUAUUGGGUGACAUUUAAUGAACCCAAUGUUGCAGUUAUUUGUGGCUAUAGAACAGGUGUGUAUCCACCGUCUCGUUGUUCGGGCUCAUUUGGAAAUUGUAGCUAUGGAGAUUCAGAGAGAGAGCCUUUCAUAGCUGCAUCUAACAUCAUUUUAUCACAUAUGGCUGCUGUUGAUGUGUACAGAACCAAGUAUCAGAAAAAUCAGGGAGGAAAAAUUGGAAUUGCUAUGAAUGCUGUAUGGUUUGAACCAUUUAGCAACUCUUCAGAAGACAAGUUAGGUGCUGAGAGAGCUCAAUCCUUUUACAUGAACUGGUUUUUGGAUCCAAUUAUACUAGGAAAGUAUCCAGCAGAAAUGCAUCAAAUAUUAGGAGCUGAACUCCUAGCAUUUUCCAAAUAUGAUUCAGAAAAACUCAAGAAUGGAUUAGAUUUCAUUGGAAUAAAUCAUUACACAAGUUAUUAUGCAAAAGAUUGUAUCUUCUCUUCAUGUGAAGAAGGAAAAGGGUCUUCAAAGACCGAGGGUUUUGCUCUAACAUCUGCACAAAUGAAUGGCCUCACCAUUGGAGAACCGAGUGCACUUGCAUGGUUGUAUGUUCAUCCACAAGGAAUGGAAAAGAUAGUAACUUACAUAAAGGACAGGUACAACAACAUAGCAAUGUUCAUUACAGAAAAUGGAUUUGGGACAAGUGAGAAUUCCUACCCUACCACUAAAGAUGCAUUGAACGAUGUUAAAAGAGUAGAGUACUUGAACGGUUACUUGGAUUCUCUAGCAGCAGCAAUAAGAAAAGGAGCGGAUGUGAGAGGGUACUUUGUGUGGUCUCUUUUAGACAACUUUGAGUGGAAACAUGGAUACAGUAUAAGAUUUGGACUGCAUCAUGUGGACUUUGCUUCUCUCAAUAGAACACCAAGAAUGUCGGCAUUUUGGUAUAAAAAUGUAAUUGAAGAACACAAGAGUCAGGCAGGAAAUAGGAAUGGGCAUACUCAAGAAAGAUGA